CCGGACUUGGUUGCGGUAUACUCGGUAUAGAGACAUCAAACGGGGAGAGAUAAGAACCGAAAUUACGGUCUAUAAUUCCACUAUCCAUCUCUCCAUCUGUCUAAGAGGAGUGAGAAGAAUCUCAUGAGAUUAGUAAUGUUGUUAGCAUUGAUCGGCCUCAGUGUACCCCGCCAUUCAGCCGCACCAACUCAGCGCCAUGCACCUUCCACUUGUGAGUUAGCACCCUUGUAGCUAAUGGCCAAAGAAAAGCCCACCCCCCUCCGAAUUCAUCUCCAUUCUCUUACGCUACUACACUGGUCAAGGCGUUGGGACAUAUCUCUCCGUCUGCGCUUCAGACAGACGCGAUAUAUAGUUUCUGGUCUCCUGGCCAGCUUGUCGAACUUGAGGUUCAUACGAUCUUCACUGAACAUCGCAUGUGAGACUUGAAUCGCACCAUGUCUCCAGAACUGGCACGCAACCCUGUUCUGACAGGACCUGCCUUUACCUACACAGAGCUCCCGCGAGAGUCUCCACAUCCCACUACUCGCAUGAUACGCCUUCUGCCGAAUAAAGAUAAAGCUGCCCAAAUAGAAUGCGAGAUCUUCAACUAUGAGUUCAUAUUAGAUACGAGCGGUGGGGAUUCACACAUAUACGAGGCGCUUUCAUAUGUAUGGGGAAGUGGCACGAGCUCCCGAACGAUUAUACUGAACGGCUGCCGAUUCCCUGUGACUGAGAAUCUCUAUGUUGCUCUGUCCUACCUCCGAAACCGGCAGCUUGAAAGAAUAGUGUGGGUUGAUGCUAUAUGCAUUAAUCAGAGUAACCGGGAUGAAAAAGCCCAGCAGAUCCCAUUGAUGAGGGAAAUUUAUGCACAAGCUCAACAUGUCAUUGUUUGGCUUGGUGAGGCUUAUGACGAUGGCGAUAGAGCCCUUGAAGGACUCCGGUGCCUGGUGGAAGGACAGGAUAUAGAUAUUGAGGGGUGUGGAAAGUUAUGCGUGAAUCUGUUCCAAAGAGCUUGGUUUCGCCGUAUCUGGGUUCUUCAAGAGGUUGGCGUCGCACGAUUCAUUUAUAUCAUGUGUGGCUCAGUUCAGAUAAACGGACAUAUCUUAUGCGAAGGCCUCAAUAAACUUAGUCUUCCUCCAAAAGAUCAAGACAUGAUAGGCCCAGUCGUUUUUCUUAUUAAGGGGGCGCUUUUCCGGCCAAGAUAUGAGCCCAUGUCACGAGGAACUCUUACUAUUGGGGAGCUUGUGGGCAUGUACUGCUUCCACGAUGCUACCGAGCAGCAUGAUAAAGUUUACGCACUUCUAGGCUUAAGUGCUGACCCGAUGACACCCGCUCUGACGCCAAACUAUGACUUCCCCUGGAACAAAGUGUUCAAGCAAGUUACCAAUCACAUUUUCCCAAAAUGCUCUGUGGAAACGUGGCCUGAAUCAGAUAUAGCCAUCAUUAGAGGCAUGGGCUGGGCGCUAGGCCAUAUUUGCUCUGUACGACACGUAUCAGACUUCGGCCAGCAAAAAGUGAAAAUGUACUUGAAUGACACUGCCCAAUUAGUUGGUUAUCAGAGCGACUGGGAAACUGAUUGGGAACUUCAGACUUUUGCACAGUUCUUUGAACCUGGUGACAUAGUUUUCCUUCUUCAUGGGGCGUCGAGACCAAGUAUCAUUAGACUUUGCAGAGACCAUUUCAGGAUCAUCACACCUGCCGUGACUCUCCGCAAAAGACGCCCCAGAGAGUCUCUGGAAGGAACAUCUCGAGGAUGGCAUACACCGGGUGGAUUCUUUGAUAUCUUACUGGCGUGGAGAAUUCCUCUGAAUAACGAUACUAGGUCCCAGAAAUGGCCUGAAACAGAGCUUCCUGACAUGGUUCCAGCCUAUCAAGAACAGUCCUUUGAGGCGGAAUAUAGACGAAGCAAUAUUACCCGAAUCAUGGUAGGCGUUGCCAUGGAAGCAUUGGCCUUAGAAAAGCCAGAAAAUGAGGAUAUAGCGCAUUUGCUCGUCUCGAGUGGUACAGAUAAUACAACUGCUUCGAAAUUGACUAAGGCAUCUGGAGAGGAUAUCCGAUCCUCUUCUGACAAGAUCUUGCAAAGCUUCUUCCAAAGUGAGCAAGACGAUGUAUCAAUCUCUCAGGACAUGGUCAAAGCAGUGGCAGAGAAUUAUGGACCGUGUGGCUAUAUAAUCAUGGAGCUCCUUUUCCAGCUCCAAGGAUCUAGUCUUCCCAUCUCUGAAGAAGUGAUCGAGGCAGCAGCAGGAAACUUUGGAAAAUAUGGAGAUCAGGUUAUGAAGGCUAUCUAUCGCCACCGUGGAGAGUUCUUCCCAAUUUCCGAAGAGGUGGUCAAGGCAGCGGCAGGAAAUACUGGAAGAAAGGCAACCAAGAUAUUAAAGCUCCUCUUCAAAGCACAAGGGGAAGCCAUUCCAAUCUCAGGAGAAGUACUCAAAGCGGCAGCAGCAAACCGCUCAACCCAUGGGUUUGAGAUUCUGAAGAUUAUCGUUCACCAUCGUGGCCAAAAUCUCCCGGUAUCUGAAGAUGUGAUUAUAAACGCAAUAGAGAAUGAUGAGUGGGGAUACGACAAUAUACAUUAUCUCUUUGAAUGCUGCGAUAGGAAAGUUCCACUUUUUGAAGAACUAGUUAAGGCAGCAGCAGAAAGGGACGUGACGUUUCUGAGAUUACUGCUUGAGCAAGGAGAGGAAAGCCUUCUAGUCUCCGAGGAAACGGUUAAGGCAGCAGCAGGAUGUGUUACUGGGAAUGAGUCCCUGAAAUUACUCUUUCAAUAUGGAGAGAAAAGUAUUCCAAUCUCUGAGGAGGUGAUUAAGGUAGCGGCAGGAAAUGAGAUGUAUGAGAAUAGAAUCCUGGAAGUACUCUUUCAGUACGCAGAGGGAAGCCUUUCAAUCUCUGAGGAAGUAGUCAAGACAGCAGCACAGAAUGAGGGCAGUGGAACUGCAAUUAUGAAAUUCCUCUUCCAACAGAAAGGAGAUAAACUUCCAGUGACUGAAGAAGUGGUCAAGGCAGCAGCUGGAAAUGAGGGCUGUGGACAUGAUAUCAUAGAGUUACUCUUGCAACAGAAAAAAAGAAGCGGACUUCCAGUGACCGAAGAAGUGGUCAAGGCAGCAGCUGGAAAUAUGCGCCGUGGAUUUGUUAUCAUGGGGUUCCUCUUUCAACAGAAGGGAGAUAAACUUCCAGUAACUGAAGAAGUGGUUAAGACAGCAGCAGGAAAUCCGUGGUAUGGAUAUCUCAUUGUGGAUUUAAUCCUGCGAGUGAGAGGGAAUAACCUUCCAGUGACCGAGGAACCACUUGAAGCCGCGGAGAAUACUCGAUGCAGAGCAACGAUCCUGGAAAUUUUGCAGCCAAAAAGAAGCCUUCAGACAACGGUCACCGAAAGCCCAGAAGUCCCAGAGAUUUCGGAAAGUGCAGAGAGUUCAGACAGUCCAGAAAGUCUCGAAGAUCCACCAAGUUCAGAAAGUCCCGAAAGCUCGGAAAGUUCGCUGUCAUCGGAUGAAUUGGACGAAGAAGACUAGAGUGAGAUAGUAGUAUAACAAUCUACAAAUACUACUCAUUGGAGCCUGUAGCAGCCGUUUGGGUAGAAAAUCACCAGGAAGAUCCUGCUUGUUUAGGAAGAGAUCCGUGACCCCUUUCUAAUCAAUGACCAGGGAUAUAGAAUAGACCUUGGAGACGUCCAGCAUGAAAGCUCUCAAAGCUUAAAACCAAUAAGGCUAUGAAUAUCUGCAUGUAUAGAG